AUGGAAUCUGAACCUGUUUCCCUCAAUGCGCCAGCGACUGAAAGCUGGGCGAACCGAUUGAAACUCGGUGGCCGCAAAGCUGUCCACAAGUUUACCACGAAGGAGGGCCUAUUAGGUGAUUAUGACUAUGCGUUCUUGUUCACGCCAUCAUAUCCGUUUAGAGAGUGGUUGAACCGCAAGCGAGGCGUCGAGCCUGUGGAGCGGGACCAACCGUUUUUUUCGGUGUACUCCGAAAUGCCAAUAGUAUUGGGACUGCUACUUGGGCUCCAGCAUUCUUUAGCAAUGCUGGCUGGUGUCAUCACUCCUCCAAUCAUCAUAGCCUCAGUAGCCAAUUUUCCUCUCAAAAUACAGCAAUACUUGGUGUCGGCAUCGCUCAUCGUUUCAGCGAUCAUGUCAAGCAUCCAGAUCACCAGAUUUCACAUCCCUAAGACACCAUACUACAUUGGCUCGGGCCUGCUUUCUGUGGCUGGUACUUCUUUUGCAACAAUCACAAUUGUCGAAAAGGGUUUUCCCGUUAUGUAUAAGUCCGGGUUUUGUCCCAUGGGCGACGACGGUAAGCCUGGACCAUGCUACGCGGGCUAUGGUGCACUUCUUGGUACAGCGGCCUGUUGUGCUCUACUCGAAAUGGCCAUGUCAUUCACUCCACCUAAGAUUUUGCAUAAAAUUUUCCCGAAGAUUGUCACUGGUCCAGUGGUUCUGUGCAUUGCUGUUAGUCUGAUUCAAAGUGGUUUCAACGAUUGGGUCGGAGGCUCGGGAUGUGUGGGGGCUAUUUGUCCCGCGGAAGGUGCUCCUAUGGCAGGAGAAUGGGGGAGUGCCCGAUUCGUCGGUCUUGGAUUUUUGGUCUUUUCUACUAUUGUUUGUUGCGAAAAAUGGGGAUCACCCAUCAUGAGGUCUUGUGCAGUUAUUGUUGGACUGAUCGUGGGCUGUAUAGUCGCUGCUGCAUGUGGCUACUUCGACCCCACGUCCAUAAAGAGUGCUCCUGCAGCCACUUUCAUAUGGGUCCAUACAUUCCCGCUAAAGGUCUACGGCCCUAUUGUCCUACCGAUGCUUGUAAUGUAUAUCGUUUUGGCACAGGAGUGUAUUGGUGAUGUCACUGCGACUUGUGAUGUUUCUCGUAUGGAAGUCGAGGGUGAAAUGUAUGAAUCCAGGAUUCAAGGGGCUGUGUUGAGCGAUGGAUUUAGCGGUGUGUUAUCGGCUUUAUUUACUCUACCUCCCAUGUCCACUUUCGCCCAGAACAAUGGUGUUAUUUCCUUGACUAAGUGCGCAAACAGACAAGUCGGAUACUGGUGCUGUUUCUUCCUUUUAUUGAUGGGCAUUUUCGCAAAGUUUGGUGCCGCGCUGGUAUCAAUUCCUAAACCAGUCUUGGGCGGCAUGACCACUUUUCUUUUCACAAGUGUUGCCGUUUCAGGUCUCAAGAUCAUAUCUACCAUUCCAUUCACGAGGCGUGAUAGAUUUGUGCUAACAGGAACUCUACUAUUCGGUUUCGGAGCUAUAUUAGUUCCCAAUUGGUUUGAGACAUUCUUUCACUAUGAGGGAAGCAAUGAGGCUCUACGAGGAUUCCUAAAUGCUAUCAUACUGAUCAUGGAAUCCGGAUUCGCGGCCGCUGGUAUUGCGGGCAUAAUUUUGAAUCUGAUUAUUCCACAGCAACUAGACGAAGACCUGAUGGAUGACAUUGAGAUCCAACAGGAUAAUUUAGCAACCUUGGAAGGUCGCUUAAGUCCUUUCGAUGGACCAGGAAUGAGUGGCAAAGCAAAAGAGGCCUUUUCAAGGGAGAACAACCCAGCCAAAACUGAUAAUAACAGUUUUGAGAUGAACGAUAAGAAUAAAAUCGUCGUCAAUGCUGGAGAAUCGUCUACCUCGGACUAA